GCGCCCUGGUGCUGCUCUCGCUGGCGUACCUCACCUCGCUCUUCUACUACAUCCCCAAAGCGGCUCUGGCCGCCGUCAUCAUCUCAGCUGUGGUGCCCAUGUUUGACGCUGGGAUCUUCAGGACGCUCUGGCGGGUUAAGAGGCUGGACCUUGUGCCCCUCUGCGUGACGUUCCUGCUCUGCUUCUGGGAGAUCCAGUACGGCAUCAUGGCUGGGAUGCUGGUCUCAGGGAUUCUCCUGCUAUACUCCAUUGCCAGGCCCCCAAUAAAGGUGUCGGAUGGGGACAUGCUUCUUGUGCAGCCAUGGAGCAGCCUGCACUUCCCUGCUGUUGAGUGCCUCCGGGAUGCUGUGUGCAGCCAUGCUCUCACAGCAUCUCCACCGCGCUCCAUCAUCCUGGACUGUUGCCACAUCAGCAGCAUCGAUUACACGGUGGUGGCGGGGCUGGCAGAGCUGCUGCAGGAGCUGCACAAGCACGGCCUCUCGCUGGCCUUCUGCAGCCUGCAGGACCCUGUUCUCCAAGUCCUGCUGUCCGCAGACUUACAAGGAUUCCAGCAUUUCCCCAGCCGGGAGGAGGCAGAGCGGUGCGGAGGAGCGGAGCUGGGGGGCAGCGGGGCAGCCCCCAUCGCCAGUGCCAGCACCAGCCUCAGCACCAGCCAGAGCUCGCUGCUGCCUGUGGGGCUCCUCCGCUGA